AUGGUGUACAAGCAAAACGAGUCCGCGCCACCAGAAAGCGUGGGCGUGCGCAAACAUCAAAUCAUGACCGUGCAUAAGAAGGGCGUAAAGGGGUAUCGUAUCUUUUUUGGGAAUUGCAGCGGCCCAAUGAGGCCCGAAGCAUCUCGGCGCCCAUUGGGUCAGGGCUCGUCAGUCUCCGCCCUCGCUCUCUUCAUCCUUUUCGCGAUUGCCGCCGAAGAUGGAGACGUGGUUUUGCACGGCGUAGAUGGCGAAGCCGGCGAUGGCCAGGAUGACGAAGAGGACGAUGAUGAUGAUGGCGAUCGUGAUGUUGCGUUUGACCAUGUUGGGCAGUGGAGGGCGUAG